UCUGAAGAAGGAAACGAAAGUAGGUUAUGUGAGCUGCAGCCUGUUCAGACGGAGCACAGACACACACAGACGCUUCGCUGCAGAGACUCUGAAGAUGAGGAGCAAGAAGCUUUAUGUUUCCAUCGUGAUGGUGGUGCUGUCUGCUCUGGUCACCACAAACUCUCAGACAUUACCUGGGGAAACAUGGAGAUGGACCACACCAGGAACAGGAACAGGACUUGAUUUAAACAUGAAGAUGAUCACGGUGUCUGCAAAUAAGGGACCAAUAUCCUUCUAUUCACCAUAUUUUUCUCCAGACGAUGCCUUCCCGUCAUACACCCAACUUCCCGACCCGAUCCGUCCCGACCUGAUCCGUCCCUACAGAACCCCUCCCUACCCGACCCGUCACUACCCGACCCGUCACUACCCGACUCGGCCCUACCCGACCCGUCACUACCCGACCCGUCACUACCCGACUCGGCCCUACCCGACCCGGCCCUACCCGACCCAGCCCUACCCGACCCGUCACUACCCGACCCGUCACUACCCGACCCGGCCCUACUACACCACACCCUGGACCACAGGAUCUCCCACUGCAGGUGUGUCCGUGUGUCUGCGUUACAUGACCGAUGAACAGGCAAACCUUCAGACUCUCUUCCUGCUCAGUAAAUCCAGCAGCAGCCCUCUGAGGGUGGCAGUCAGUAAUUCUGGGUAUUGGCUGACCUUUGGCGUGUACAGGACGAACCGGCUGUACCUGAAACCUUACUUAAAGCUCUGGCCAAACAUUGAAGAGGACAUCUGGACCAGAGUCUGCAUCACUGUGGACUCAGUGAAAAAUGUGGCCCAGGUGUUCAGCGGCUCCAACAUGAGCAUCAGGAAGACGAUGUCUGCUCGGUAUGGCUGGACAGGUCAGCCAGUGAUUGACUUUUUCAGUUUUGACGGUCAAGUGACAGACGUUCAGAUUUGGGAUUAUCCUCUCCGCUACAGAGAGGUCUUACAGUACAUGGACCCCAAUGCCUAUGGGCCAUGCAGCGGCUCUGUCCUCACCUGGUCCUACAUCAGCUACACCUCCAGAGGAAAGGUGCUGGUGGAGGACUCCUAUGAGUGGCAGGAGAAACGGGCAAUCCUGAAAAGCAAGGGGAAAAAAUGGCGUCACCCGAAGGGAGAGAAGAACACCAGGAAGUUUUACAAUAAGGGGGAGAGCAAGAGAAAAGAGUUUUAGUGAAACACACAGGGCCAUGUGUUCGGAAAGCUGUAAAAAGCUAUAAUAACCAACCAAGAAACAAUCAAGAAUGAAAUCAAACUACAGCUAAUUAUUCAUUAAAUAUUAGCUUAUAACCAUGUUACGAAAUUAUUCUAAUUUUAUUAACAUGACUUUUUAGUAUUAUCUUUUUUAUCUUAAAUAUCUGUAUGUGUCCUUCAUUUUGUGAUAUGUCAUCAUAAUCCAAUAAAGAGAUAGCUGAUGCAAUAU